CCGAAUCCGUGGAAGACUGCUAUCAUUCUUGAAGAGCUUGGUCUGAACUACGAGACAGUCAAUUUGCCAUUCCCUCAACUAAAGGGCGAGGAAUUUCUGCGCACCAAUCCUAACGGACGUGUCCCCGCUCUCGAGGACAAGAAUGAAGGGCUUGUCAUCUGGGAGUACGACACGGAGAACAAGCUUGCCAUCCGUUCCGGAAACGACUCUUACCUUGUUAUGCAGUGGCUGAUGUUCCAGAUGUCUGGUCAGGGUCCAUACUUUGGUCAGGUUUUCCCGUUGCAUACCCAUAAUCGANUGUGGUUCAAGUUCUUCCACUCGGAACGUCUCGAGUCGGCCACGAAGCGAUACAUCAACGAGGUCAGACGUGUCAUCGGUGUCUUGGACAGAGCCCUGAAGGGCAAGACUUACCUUGUCGGAGAAAAGUGCACCAUGGCUGAUCUCGCAUUCGUGACCUGGGAGUUCUUGCUGCCGAUGAUGAUGAAAGGAGAGGACAUGGAUCUGGUUACAGAGUUUCCAAACUGGUGGGCUUGGCAUAAACGCCUGGCUGAGCGCCCUUCGGUCAUGAAGGUGGCUGCGGAGCGUGAGAAGGCCAUCGCAGCGAACCCGAUUCCUGUCAAGAAAGCCAGUGUU